AUGGCUCCUUCAAUCGAGGCCAUCGUCAAAGAGUAUCCUUACGAUCCAGAAGGAGUGCAAAGAAUCGCCCACCGCCGCAUCAAAAACGAAAUUGAAAUCACAGAACCAGAUCCCUCAUGGCCCGAGUCUUUCCAGCUUCUCAAAGACCGCAUUAUUUCCGCCCUAGGUUCAACCGCUGUCUCAGUUGAGCACGUCGGCUCGACCAGCGUGCCCGGCCUGCCCGCCAAGCCAGUCAUCGACAUAGACCUCAUAGUCGUGGACGUGCUUGACGAGGCCUCAUACGUGCCGCAGCUCGAGGCAGUAGGCUUCCAUUUCCUCUUACGCGAGCCGGCGUGGCAUGAACAUCGCUUCUUCUGCAACUAUGAGCCUUCGGCGAACCUGCACGUCUUUGGGCCAGACUCUCCUGAAACCGAGAAGCACAAAAUCUUUCGAAACUGGCUGUUGAAAACUCCAGCCGACAGGGACAUCUGGCGAGACAAUGCACGAAUACACUGA